GCAAGGCUAACUGCCCACUAUUUAGUUAGCUUUACUUGUCCAGCUCGAGAUUUAGCAAUUUACUGAACACGGAUGUGGAAUGAAUAUAGCAAACCCCAAAGGAUAUGCUCACAUUGAAUUAAAACACACGCAUUUCAAAGAAACGCUGCUCCACAGCCUUGAAUACGCCAGCAGCCAUGUCGGGAAUCAAAAGAAAAAUAGAAGGCAAUGACCCCGACUACGAGGACAUUUCUCUGGUGCAAAACAGUAAGAGGAGCAAAGCGGUGGAAAAUAAUGCUCGAGAAGCAACCGUACAGAAAAUUGAAACCAUCAUCAGGGAGCAGUUUUCUUUGGAGAUGAAGAACAAAGAGCAUGAGAUAGAUGUGAUAAGUCAGCGACUCAAUGAAGCCAGGAGGAUGAUGGACAAGCUGCGGGCAUGCAUAGUGGCCAACUACUACGCCAACGCCGGGCUGCCAAAGCUCCCUGAGCACGCCUCCAAGAGCGACCCCGCCGUGCUGAACCAUCCCGCCAUCCGCCGGUUCCUGGAGUCCCCGUCUCGUUCCUCUUCCCCCCUCAACCAGGACUCCGAGACCCCUUCCCUGGCCCACUCGGAGUCCGAGUCGCUCUCGCAGCAAGGAGAAGGAGGAGAGAGGAACGGAGAGGGAGCGUGGAGAGAGGACGGCGGCAGGCAGGAGCGCAGACCCGGACGCAACACCGGCAAAGACACUUUUGGCGUGCCGUCAUCGCUGGGAGCAGAGCAGAGGGUGACCUACCACACGACGGGAGACGAGGCCUCGAGACUCUACGCGAAGAAGACAAUCGUAGUGGGGAAUGUGUCCAAGUACAUUCCCCCUGAUAAGCGGGAAGAAAAUGACCAGUCCACCCACAAGUGGAUGGUGUACGUCAGAGGCUCCAGGAGAGAACCGAGCAUCGACCACUUUGUGAAGAAAGUCUGGUUCUUCUUGCAUCCCAGCUACAAACCCAAUGACCUAGUGGAAGUCAGCGAGCCUCCUUUUCAUUUAACACGACGCGGUUGGGGAGAGUUUCCUGUGAGGAUCCAGAUCCACUUCAAAGACCCUCGAAACAAACGUAUUGACAUCAUCCACCAGCUAAAGCUUGACAGAACCUACACUGGGCUACAGACACUCGGGGUUGAAACCGUGGUGGAUGUGGAGCUCCAUAGGCAUUCCCUCGGGGACGAUUACAUCCCUCAGCCCUCGUCCUCCAAGGUGACUCACCGAGCCGCCAGCCCCACGUCGGCCGCCUCGCUGGCCCAGAGUUACGGACGCUCUAGUUCUCCCAUCUCACAAGACUCCAGUGUAGACAAAGGUUCAAUCAAGACAGAGAUGGGGAGACCUGCAGGUGGUCACGGUGCAGGAGGCCUCACCUCUGGCGAACGCACUCCGACGCGAGCCAGGGCCGGGGACAGAGUCACUCUGGGUUCCCAUGGCAACUCAGCCUUCCAGCCUAUCACGGCAAGCUGCAAAAUAGUACCCCCGGGACAGCCCCCCAGUCCCGCCGAGUCUCCUGGGAAAUCAUUCCAGCCAAUCACCAUGAGCUGUAAAAUAGUCUCUGGGUCGCCAAUCUCCACCCCAAGCCACUCGCCUCUGCCGCGCACACCCACGACCUCCACCCCUGUCCACAGCAAGCAGAGCUCUUCCUCUGUGCUCAACAACCCGUACAUCAUCGUUGACAAACCGGGGCAGGUGAUCGGCAUCGCUUCCUCGUCGUCUGCCUCCGCAGGAAGCCCCUCUGCCAAACAGUCUGCCGCUCAAGGCGCCCGCUCUCCAGCGCCCAAAGUUCACAGCGGCACCUUCCUCUCGUCAGGGGUGAAGGUGAUUAUCAAGCAAGAGCCAGGGGAAGUUUCAACACAGCAACAACAGAUGGUUUCCACAGUAACCAGCCAGCAGCAGCCCACUGCUACAGCAGCACAUCAGUUUGUCACGGUGAAGGGAGGUCAUAUGAUCUCCAUGACAGCCCAGAAACAGGCCGGAGGGGCAACGGGGGCAGCAACCAGCAAGAUGUUAGGUAUUCCUGUUAGCUCGGCGCUCCAGUCUUCAGUCAAACAGGUUGCUAUCAGCAGCGGCCAGAUUCUGGUUGCCAAGGGCAACCCUUCCGUCUCCAAGGUGAUGGGUGGCAAGCAGGUUUUAGCUCAGGGAGUCGCUAAAGCCAUUGUCAGCGGAGCCAGUGGCGUCUCUGGUCAACAGACUGCUGCCAAGGCAGCUGGUGGUUCAAGUGGCAAGAGUGGAGUGAUGGCUACUCUUCAGCUUCCAGCCAACAAUCUGGCCAAUCUGGCCAAUCUGCCUCCAGGCACCAAGCUCUACCUGACCACCAACAGUAAGAACCCCUCUGGGAAGGGAAAGCUGCUGCUGAUCCCACAGGGAGCCAUCCUCCGAGCCUCCAGUGCUAGUCAGCAGUCCCAGAGCAGCUCCUCAGCCGGCACCGGGGGCUCUCAGAACUCCUCCUCCUCCUCUUCCUCUUCGAGCAGCCUGCCUUCCAACCUCUCCUACACGUCCUAUAUCCUGAAACAGACCCCACAGGGUACGUUUCUGGUUGGCCAGUCCGCACAGGGUUCAGGGAAGCAGGGAGCUUCCAGUUCGGGCGGUCACGCAGCAUCAUCUCAAACAGUUAGUCAGCAGGCUAUCCGGGUCACAGCUGGACAGAAGGCGGCCAUCUUGGCUCAGGUGGUGGGCGGAUCCCAGGGCGCACAGGUGAAGCUGUCGGACGGCUCUGUUAAGACGGUGACCGCAGCAGGAGCAGGACACUUGUCCAAACCGGGCACCACCACGUUGAGGAUGACGGGUGGAGUCAUCACCGCUACCAGCUCCACGCCCGGCGCCGUCGGCAGCACAGCGGCAGUCGGCCAACAACAGGCUGCUGAUGGAGGGAAGUCUGCCUCUCAGCAACACUCGCUCCUGGUGGCAGCCAACCAGGCAGCGGUGAUAAGUGCAGCUAAGAACGCCAGCGCUGCAGCUGCUGCAGCCGCUGCCGCCGCCGCCGCCGCCGCCAGUGCUGGUGGUGCUGGUGGCUGCCUGUCAAAGGCGGCCGUGUCCUCCCUGGUCAAAGGUGCCGGCAGCUCUGCUACAAUGACAAAGAGCGCUGCGGGUUCGACUGGCGCCGUGGUGACGGUUGCAAAGGGAAUCACCAAUCUGCCCGUCGUCAGCAUGUCCAAGGGUGCGGGCGUGGGCACGGUUGUGGGCGUGCCCAGAGCCAGUGGCACAUCAUUAGUCAGCGGGGUGGCAGCUGGAGGAGGCAAGUCAGGUGCUGCUUUGUCAGGAAUGCUGAAGAUCCACUCUGGAGGCUCCAGCUCCCAGCAGACAGUUUUAACCAUUCCUGCCAACCAGCUCAAGCAGCUGGGGGUUGGCGCCGGCUCUGGUGGGCUGCAGACCAUAUUCAUGCCUGUUGGAAAGGUAGUGUCUAAAGGCCCAGCCUCCAGUACUCCUCCCUCCUCCUCCACCACCUCUGGAGCCGCUGGAGCUGGAGCCUCCCCAAACCCUGGCAGCCAGGUCUCCCCCUCCCUUGCCCUGCCUCUGGCACAAGUGAAAACGGAGCCAGGUGCUGGCACAGCUGUCACAGCUGGUCCGUCUCCCCCGGUGACGGCUCCUGCCCCCGGUUCGGUCCACGUUCCCUCUGCAGCCACCACCGUCAAGCAGGAGCAAGGGGCCGACAACGCCACGCAUGACCUCAUCAACACCGAGCACAUAGAGACCAUGAUGCAGCUGCUGACGGCUGUGGUGAAGAAGUUUCCUCUAAUUGUGCCGGAUAAGACCGAGGACUCCCAUCCGUUUUGUGCCUCUUCGACAGAACAGUAUUAUUCCUGGAAUAUUGGAAAACGCAGAGCAUCAGAGCUCCAGCGAGCGGUGGCCGUGAAGCGGGUCGUCCAGGACGUGUUGGACCGCUCUCCCCGCCUGCAGGCCCUCACUCCCCCAAAGACCAGAGAGGUGGUGCAGUGGUGCCGGCAGAGGGGCUACACGCCCCCCGAUUCCGAGCCCCAGCACAAGAACGACGACGAGUCGAUCGAGGACAUUCUCACCCAAAUAGAUAACGAGCCUGAGUGCCCCUCGACCCUGAGUAGCUGCGAGGAGCUGGUGCUGCGGCUGGAGCAGAUGCAAGCUCUGCUGAAGACCGAACCAGAGGAGGCGGACGACGAAAUAGUGGACAUCGUCACGGUGACCCCUCCCUGCCAGAAGCUAAAGGUCAAAGAAGAGGAGCAGGAGGCGGACGUGGAGCCCAAAUUCUUCCUGGGCCCCUCAUUGUCCGCUCAGUUUGUCAGUGAAACAGCUGAACAGAUCGGUGUAACCUUCCAGCCGGUGGAGGUGGAGAAGAACGUGUUCGCUCCAGUAGUUGAAGCCAUGAUUCUGAAGGCUACAGAACAGUUUGCCAGUGACAUCCUGAGAGAAGCUCUGGCUGGGGCCUACGCCAAAUCCCCUUCGAACAGGCCACCUAGAGAGAUCACGGCCAUGAACAUCCACCAGGCGGUGAGCAGCAUCCCCACCUGUGACUUCCUCACCAACAAACACAUGGGUUACCUGUCUAAGGACAACUGAGGCUUUUCACAGCGGACACCGACUGGUAACUGACACACUCGGAGUGAUGAGGACUGUGCGAACCGCUGGCCGUGACAAAGAGACUCGACUCUUGGAACUGACAGCUCUACUGUGUGAAUAUUUGCACCCAGAUGAUAUAGUCUCGCUGCCUCAGGUGUCGCAGGAAUAACUAAUGUACUGUAUUCAUUAACUUGAUCAUAGAAGGGCUCAGCUUGCUUCUCGCAGUAGCAGCAGAAUAACAAAUGUUUCUAAUACUCUGGGUAUAUUGUAACGUUUUAGUCCCAAUGUAUCAGGAGACGCGGCGUUGCGGGCCUUGUGCCGUUUGAUUUGGAGAUGCCGCUUUGUUCUUGCUUACCUCAUAACAAGAUUAUUUUAAUGACGAAGAGUUUACCGACAGACAGUCGGCUACUCGUCGGGGAAAUGAAGCCUCAAUGACUCGGAGAGCUAAGUAAUAACAUCAGACAGCUGUCCCCUUCCGGCAUACAACAUCUCACUGUCACGUUCUCUGAAUUUAGAAGAUUUUUAAAUUUGUUUCAGCUGAGGUAAACCACAGACUUACAGCCAUUUGGAAACACUAAUGAACAUCUGAAUGCUCUCCAUCGGUCUGUGUGUACUUAACAAGCAAAGCGUACAGGAGGUUUUUUUCCCAACGGUAUCAUCAUCGCCAUGGUAAGAAAUGAUCAUUAUCAAAAUCCUCUGAUUUAUUUCAGUGUUACCUGGCAGAGGUAAUUAUGGAUCUUACGAUACAGACUUUCAAGAAGUGACUGUUUUCUGAGGCUUUUCAGAUCCAUGUUUUUUAGGCUGCAGACAGAUAAUAGUCACUGAGAUCAUAAAACACAGGUAAUGUUGUACUGAACAAAUCACUGUCACUACAAAUGAAAGACAUUCUUACUAUUUAUCUCCUCCAUGAACCCUUUAAAGUGCUUUUAAGUGUUCAGUUCAGUGAACAGCCGUAAUAUGACCAGUAUAUGAAGUAUGGUGUUUUCAAAUAGUGUUUAUUUUUUUAUCUAAUAUUGACACCGGCAGACCGUUAUACCCCACCAGUAGUGUGUACGUUCAUAUGGAUAUGUGUGGAUACUGGAUGUAGUCCUCGCUCACAUCAGUGAGUUUAAUAGGAAGUGAAUGUGUGUGUUUUGUUGGUUGGUACAAACAAGGCGACGUCGUGCUGAUAAUUGUGUUUAAUGUGGAGCUUUUGCAUUAUGUUAAUGUGCGGAUGAUUGGACUGAGUGGUUGUAAUGUCUGUUCAACCAAAUCAAAUUAGUGUACAAGAUACCUAAACAUUUUAUUUUCAUGUCUCGGUGCAAACCAAAAAAUAUGAUCGAUAUUCUUAUAAUAAACUAAAAAAAAAACAAAACCGCAACAAAGCAUUUCUUGCAAAUCUGACUCGUCUUGAACAUUUUGUUUGUUUGAUUUGUACAAUGCACUAAACUAAGGUAGUUGUUAAACACUAGAAUUAAAGGACCAACACUAAAAUGAAAGUUUAAAAUGUCCAAUAUUGUCAAUACAUGUCAAUAUUGCCUCCUUGGACCUCAGCCCUGAGUAACUGGACAUCUGUGAUAAUCAGCAAACAAAGCGACAACAAAGAAUCCCUAUGAAGAACAGCUGAUACUUUCCUAAAAUUCCAAAAUAUUACACAACUCUGAAGUUCAUGUUUAGAAACAUACCUAGAGUUAGACGAAUUGUCAGUCACUGUCUUUUUUUUUUUUUGGAGACAGAAGGGGUCAUAUUUGAAUUAAAGGGAGGAGAUGGGGUUGGGUGAGGGGUCGAUCAAACUCAGAACCAGCUCUUUUAAGGUGCUGCAGGACAUAGACACUGAUCUCUGAACCUCCUCGGUGCUCGAUGUGUUCAAUCUUUAUCGAUCCACAACAAUCAAUUUAAAAAUUGUGGAGAUGGAGCAGAAGUUGGGGAUACUAAAGUGGAAACGCGCUACCAAGCGGACCAAUCACAGCUCUUGAAGAUUAAUAUCUACAAUUCUUGUAUAGGGUGGCAAAGGGGCGGAAAAUUUCCCUGAAAAUUUCUUAUAUCUAUAUAUAUAUAUAUAUAGACAGUAAGCUGAACUAAUGGGAAGGUCAAAACAUUUAAAACUGAUGUAUGAAAUGGC